AUGACCUCGAACAUAUUUUCACAACUUAAGUCCCCCACGAGGGGGACCCGACCGUUCUACAAACAACUGCGCUCCGGAGAAAGCGACGAGUACGAUCCAGGUCUCGACGAAGAAAACCUUGGCCAUCGAUUCGACGGUUUUCACGCCGAAGAACUCGGAAUCAGCGAUAGCCGAAUGACGGUAGAAAGUGCAGCCCUGGACCGAAAGGGCAAGGGGAAAGCUACCUCCCAACGAGAUACCCAGAUUCGAAGUCCCACUGGGCCAUUACCACGCUGGAAUCAGCAGGACGAGGAUGGAGACAACGAGGUGCCAGCAUCGUUAUUGAUGGAACCAAACGAAGUUAUGAAUUCAAACACAACGUCUCCCGGGCGAGCCAUCCGGUCUGGUAAUCCACGAAGUCCAACCGCUGCAGGUCCGUCAUCAGCACGAUCCAGGGCCCAGUGGGAAACCGUCACUGCCCAGCAGUUACUCCAUCAAGAUGACCCAUGCAGCGCUUCCACAGGAAAACAGCCUAUGCCGGUGGCCAGGAGAACGGCAUCGAAUAACCCGAGGGAGAAAGCACUAUGGCGGUGGGUUAACACCUCAAACCUAGACAGCUUCAUGCGGGAUGUUUAUGACUACUAUGAGGGAGGGGGCCUCUGGUGCAUUCUGUGCGCAAAUGCUCUAUGGCUCAUAGAGACACUUUUUGUUGCAAUAUUGCUUACUUUCCUUGGCCAGUGCAUCGACUAUUCAAAAAUCCCGGGGAGUCGAUCUUUGCAUGAAGUCGUUGUUCCUCAAUGCACCCGUAAGAUGUCUGGGAUCUGGAAUCUAGCCAUUUGGUUCUACACUUUCUUUUUCAUCUGGAAGUGUGUGCAAUAUUUUGUCGAGAUCCGCCGCCUCAUCUACAUCAAGGACUUCUACAUCCACCUGCUUGACAUACCAGAACAAGAUAUGCAAACUGUUUCCUGGCAGGAUAUUGUCGCACGAAUCAUGGCACUACGCGAACAGAACCCAAAAACCGCAACGAAUAUCACACCGAAGCUGAGACAGUUUAUCGGUAGUCAGUCGAAGGAGCGGCUCGAUGCACACGACAUUGCCAAUCGUCUUAUGCGCAAGGAAAACUACCUUAUUGCGAUGAUCAACAAAGACGUUUUGAAUUUAUCGUUACCGGUCCCUUUUCUCCGUGGUCGCCAGUUAUUUUCCAAGACCAUGGAGUGGUAUCUCCAUUACUGUAUCCUUGACAUGGCUUUCAACGAACUGGGUCAAGUCCAGCAGGACUUUCUGCGCCCGGAUCGCAGACGCCUUUUGAGCCAGAAGUUAAAGCAGCGCUUGCUCUUUGCUGGUGUUCUCAACCUCAUCUUUGCCCCGGUUGUACUGGCCUACGUCGUGAUUGUCUAUUUCUUUACUUAUUACAAUGAAUACCAAAAGGAUCCCAAGCAAGCCGCGGCGCGUAAAUACACCUCUCUAGCAGAGUGGAAAUUUCGCGAAUUCAAUGAGCUGCCGCACAUAUUUUAUGAGAGAUUACACAUGUCAUACCCAUUCGCGACACGUUACAUUGAUCAGUUCCCCAAAAGGAUGACCGAAGACAUCGCUAGAACUAUUGCGUUCAUGACAGGCGCUAUCACAGCCAUUCUAGCAGUUGGCUCUGUUCUUGACUCAGAGCUCUUUAUCAAUUUUGAAAUUACUAAGGACAGGCCAGUGCUUUUUUAUCUGGGUGUUUUUGGUGCCAUAUGGGCAAUGACCCGCGGCAUGGUGUCGGAGGAAACCCGAGUAUUCAAUCCGGAAUAUGCUUUGCGGAACGUCAUUGAAUACACGCACUACAUGCCUGAUCAUUGGCAAAACAAGCUUCACAGCUUUGAGGUAAAACAGGAGUUUGCAGAGCUUUACAAGAUGAAAGUGGUCAUUUUCUUGGAAGAGAUGAUGGGUAUCAUCACAACUCCUAUGCUUCUUCUGUUCUCGUUACCUAAAUGCAGUGAUCAGAUCGUUGACUUCUUUCGGGAAUUCACGAUUCAUGUUGAUGGGCUUGGCUAUGUCUGCUCGUUUGCAGUAUUCGAUUUCCAGAAGGGUCCUGGUAAUACUGGGCAGCAGGGUCCACAACCUGAUGUCCGUGAAGAUUACUACUCCACAAAGCACGGUAAAAUGGCAGCAUCCUACUACGGCUUUAUCGACAACUACGUCAUGAAUCCCAAGACGGGUAUUCCAGGUCAUUUGCCCCCGGGAGCAAACUCGGCAUUCCAUCCUCCUCCAGCGUUUCCAGGACUCAGUUCUCCGACGCUGGCGGCAGAAAUGCAAAGUUCCCACGUUGCUCGGGCGGAGACGGGACGAAAUAGAAGCCGAGCUCCUGGAGGGCGAGGCCAGCGCGCUGGAACAAUGCCCCAGCCCUCGCCAAUGGCGUCUAUGCUGCUGGACCAACACCACCAGCCUGUUGGGGGCAAUCCGGCCGCACGCAGCCUGUACUGGUCGAGGUAUCCGCGAGGUCAUCGUGGAGAGAGCCAAAUAAUCGAAGAAGCUGAAGACAGCGCAAUGGGACGACACGGGGAAGAUGACGAGCUGUACGAGCCAGGCGGAAUGCUGGGUGAAUCGACAUGGGAAACGUCCCCAGCGAAAGGAGUUACUCGGGAAAACAGUGCAGCCAAUACUGAUGAUCCCGAAGCAGGAGUAUUGGGCCUGAUUUAUCAGCUCCAACAGACACAGCGUCCUCGGCGAGGUGGCGGUAUGGUUUGA